AUGGCGUCUCUCAGGCUAGCAGCUGCGCUGCCCCUUUUCGCCUCCCUCCUCCACCCAGCCCACGGCCAGCGCAUCGGCACGCUGGUGCCCGAGGUGCACCCCAAGCUGACGACGCAGGUGUGCACGGCGGCGGGUGGAUGCGUGAGCAAGCAGACAUCGCUGGUAACGGACGCGCUGUCGCGGCACUUCCACGCGGCCGACGACGCGUCCGUGUCGUGCUCGGCGCAGCCGCUCAACACGACGCUGUGCCCGGACGCGGCCACGUGCGCGCAGAACUGCGUGCUCGAGGGCGUCGAGUACGGCAGCAUCGGCGUGCUGGCCACGGGCGCUGCCGUCACGCUGCGCCAGUACCUGUUCGACGGCGCCGCCUUCAAGUCGGUCAGCCCCCGCGUCUACCUGCUCGCCGAAGACGAUAUGAACUACGAGCCCAUGCGCCUGCUCAACCAGGAGCUCGCCUUUGAUGUUGACCUGUCGCGCCUUGGCUGCGGCAUGAACGGCGCCCUGUACCUGUCCGAGAUGGACAUGUCGGGCUCCCGCAGCGCCCUCAACCCCGCCGGCGCACAGUACGGCACCGGCUACUGCGACGCGCAGUGCUUUACCGUGCCCUUCAUCAACGGGCUGCCCAACCUCAACAACUCAGGCUCGUGCUGCAACGAGAUGGACAUCUGGGAGGCCAACGCCGAGGCGACCGUGUUCACGCCGCACCCGUGCAGCAGGGUGGGCUCGUUCCUGUGCGCGGGCACCGAGUGCAACAAGACGGUCGGCGUGUGCGACAAGGACGGCUGCGGUCUCAACACGUUCGGGCUCGGCAACCCCGACUACUAUGGGCCGGGGCUGACGGUCGACACGUCGCGGCCGUUUACCGUGGUCACCCAGUUCCUGACCAGCGACAACACCACGGCCGGCGACCUCGUCGAGAUCCGCCGCCUGUACGUGCAGGACGGCGCCGUCAUCCCAAACACCGCCAAGACCACCAACGCCGCUGUCGCCAAGCUGCCCGGCUACCAGGGCGCCGUGACUCAGGACUUCUGUGAGGCGCGCAACACGUCCGACUUCUUGCGGCUCGGCGGCGUCAAGGCUAUGGGCGAGUCGCUCGCCCGCGGCAUGGUGCUCAUCUUCAGCAUCUGGAACUCGCCCGGCGACUUCAUGAGCUGGCUCGACGGCGGGAGCAACGGGCCGUGCAACGCGACGGCCGGCGACCCCAAGACUAUCAUCGCCAACAACCCGGACGUGUCGGUUACCUUCUCCAAUAUCCGCUGGGGAGACAUUGGGUCGACG